GAUACAGCAGCCCUUUGAGAGCCUCAUUUUUCCUUUUAGCAGAUCCCUCUGGUCUCAUUCUCAUCCUCUUAAAACGUGAACCUAUUCAGGUACCGUCCAAACGCACAUCUCCCGCAUGUUUUUUGGAUCAGGGCCUGAGGUGAUGGGGCUGAGAUCUGGGCCAGAAACCUUGAGAGUCUGCCUCCUAACUCCACCGACUAGGGAAGAUGAGACUGGGACAGGGACCUGGCACUGCCUCACCCUGGGCACUUGGGACUGUGGCCAAAAGACCUAGUUUUCUCGAGGAAACACAAGUGCCAAGUCAUGCCCUGCUCUGAGGCCCAUCCCAGCAGAAGGAAUAGCAGUGCUUGCCCCUUGGCAGCAGGGCAGGGACUAAUCUGGUGUUUCUUCCUCCCAUGCAGGACAUGCGUGGUUGCUGAGCAGAACUGAGGAGCAGGCUCCUGAGGAAGGGCCUGGAAAGCUGGAGCCACCAUGGGCUUCCCUGGGGAGUAUGGGCGAGGUGUAUUCCCUGAGCCCAGAGAAGGACCAAUGGCACAAGGGUCAGGGGAUGCCCCCAAAGCAGGAGACUGUAGCAGUGAACAUGCUCCCAUCUCUAGUUGGGCAUUGGAGUGAAGAGGGGAAAGAAGCCCUCUUUGUGGUGCUGAGACAGCUGAAGAGGCAGAAAGCAAAGGUGCACUGGAGAGAGAGCCUGCAUGCAAACCAAGACAGUGUGGGGGGCCUCAGAGGGAAGCAGGAGCUCACUGCCAAGCCCAGUGGGAGAGGCCACUCCUGCCCUCAGUGCAGGAAAAGCUUUAGCUUCCCCUCGUGCCUGGCUCUGCACAAGAUAAGGCACACUGGGGAGAAGCCCCAUGUACGCGCCACGUGUGGGAAGAGCUUCUCCUGCCUCUUGCCCCUUGCUGCUCACCACCAGAUCCAUUCUGGACAGCUCCCCCACCGCUUCACCAAAAGGGGGAAGAGCUUUGUGCGCAGCUUGGAGCUGCUCAAAACCCAUGAUGUGCAAAGGGAGAAGUGUCAGUACCGCUGUGUCACGUGUGGUAAGACGUUCACCCAUUUCUUCUCCCUGGUUCAGCACCGGCGCAUGCACUUGGGGAGGAAGACACACCAAUGCAAAAAGUGCAGGAAGAACUUCAUUAGCUGGCAAGGCCUGUCCCAGCACCGUUGUGUGCGGAGGAUGCAGCAGCCACACUGCUGCACAAAGUGUGGGAAGAGCUUCAGGCAAACCUCCAGCCUGGCCCGGCACAGGUGCAUGCACACAUGGGAGAAGCAACAUCAUUGCUCUGUGUGUGGGAAGAGCUUCAUCUCCUCUUCCAAGCUGGCCCAACACCGGGUUAUCCACACAGGGCAGAAGCCACAUCAGUGCUCUGAGUGUGGGAAGAGCUUCAGUUAUGCUUCUGAGCUAGCUUGUAUUCACAUGGGAGAGAAGCCAUAUCUGUGCUCUGAGUGUGGGAAGAGCUUCACUUAUUCCUCCUCCCUGGCCAAGCACAAGCGCAUUCACAUGGGAGAGAAGCCAUAUCAGUGCUCCGAGUGUGGGAAGAGUUUCAUUUAUUCCUCCCACCUGACCAAGCACCUGUGUGUCCACACAGGGGAGAAGCCAUAUCAGUGCUCUGUGUGUGGGAAGAGCUUCAGUUAUUCUUCUUCCCUGGCCAAGCACAAGCUCAUUCACACGGGAGAGAAAACAUAUCAGUGCUCUGAGUGUGGGAAAAGCUUCAGUUAUUCCUCCUCCCUGGCCUGCCACCAGCGUACUCACACGGGAGAGAAGCCAUAUCAGUGCUUUGAGUGUGGGAAGAGCUUCAGUUAUUCUUCUUCCCUGGCCAAGCACAAGCUCAUUCACACGGGAGAGAAAACAUAUCAGUGCUCUGAGUGUGGGAAAAGCUUUACUUGCUCCUCCGGCCUGGCUCAGCACCGACGCAGCCACACAGGGGUGAAGAUGCAUCAGUGCUCUGUGUGUGGGAAGAGCUUCACCCACUCCUCCCACCUGACGCAACACCAGCGUGUCCACAUUGGGGAGAAGCCAUAUCAAUGCUCCGAGUGUGGCAAGAGUUUCAGCCUCCUCUCCAGCCUGGCCCGUCACCAGCGCAUCCACACCGGGGAGAAGCCAUAUCAGUGCACUGAGUGUGGGAAGAGCUUCACCCAAGCCUUCUUCCUGGCCAAGCACCAGUGCAUCCACACAGAGGAGAAGCCAUGCCAGUGCUCUGAGUGUGGGAAGAGUUUCAGCAUCCUUUCCAGCCUGGCCCGGCACCAGCGUGUCCACACAGGGGAGAAGCCAUAUCAGUGCUCGAGUUUCAGCGUCCUCUCCAGCCUGGCCCGGCACCAGCUCAUGCACAAAGGGAAGAAGCCACAUCAUUGCUCUUAG